AUGUCACAGUCAAUAACGACACCUGUAACUCCCCCAACAAGAGGCCUUGUCCUCCCCUGUCCCACUUCUCCAUCCAAAGCCUCUUUCUCUUAUAAGAUGACAGUGGGCAAUGAAGUCUCUGAUGAUACACUGAAAUUGUGCACCAAUUUGUUCAGUUCUAACUAUGGUAUUUGGGGUGAUCAGGCAGCUACAAUCUCCAAAUUUACUGUAGCUUGGAAACAGGUCAAGAUGACUGGUGCAAGUGUUAAGGUCAUACUCAAGGCUAAAUGUAUCCUAAGGGCUUCAGCCUCAGCUCGUACACUGUGCCCCUUACUCAAGUAUUGCCCCUUAUUUCAGGAAGACAAGACUAACACAUCCAGAGGGUCGGACAAGUAG